CAGGGCGCGCGGCGAGCGCCAGGCUUCAGUCACCGAGCGGUGCCGGGGAGCCUGGCAGUUUCGCCCUGAGUGAUUCUGCGAAACUGAAGGAGAGGUUCUCGCUGCCGCUCUUCAGGGAUUGCUGCUGUUAGAGGGAAAAGCGGAUUUGGAGGUGCGUGCGUAUGUGAGAGGGGAUGCGGAGUGCAUCUGACUGAGGUGCCUGUUCCCUGGGAAGCACUGCCAGAAGAGGCAGAGAGAGGCAGUGAGAAGCAGCACGAACAGGACUCAAGUACAGAGCAGCUGUUUCCUAAUACUCUGGUUCUUUUGGGUGCCUCAGUGAAUGUGAACAUGGAUUCUGUCACUGAAAUCUUCUUGAAGCUGCUGUUUCUCCUGUCUCUUCAUAACUGGCACACGGCAGUGGCAGGGAAUAAAGAUAAUUGUGAUGAUCAGCUGGUGUCUGCUUUGCCUCAGUCAUCAUUCAGCAGUUCAUCAGAGCUGUCUAGCAGUCACAGCCCAGGAUUUGCAAGGCUUAAUCGAAGAGAGGGUGCUGGUGGCUGGUCACCACUUGUGUCCAAUAAAUAUCAAUGGCUUCAGAUUGAUCUUGGUGAAAGAACUGAGAUUACUGCUGUUGCUACUCAAGGUGGUUACGGGAGUUCCGACUGGGUAACAAGCUACAUUCUGAUGUUUAGUGAUGGUGGACGAAACUGGAAGCAGUAUCGUCAAGAAGAAAGCAUUUGGGCCUUUUCUGGAAACACAAAUGCUGACAGUGUUGUAUACUAUAAGCUUCAGCAUUCCCUUAAAGCAAGAUUUCUCCGUUUUGUGCCUUUGGACUGGAAUCCGAAUGGCAGAAUUGGAAUGCGCAUUGAAGUGUAUGGAUGCACAUACAGGUCCGAGGUGGUUGGCUUUGAUGGGAAAAGUUGUCUAAUUUACACAUUUAAUCAAAAACUCAUGAGUGCACUGAAAGAUGUGAUUUCUCUGAAGUUUAAGACAAUGCAAAGUGAUGGAAUUCUCCUCCACAGAGAAGGACAAAAUGGAGACCACAUCACCCUGGAAUUAAUUAAAGGGAAGCUGUCCCUACUCUUUAAUUUAGGUGAUACUAAAACUCAUCCUUCUAAUGCCCAAAUUAAUAUUACGCUGGGCAGUCUUUUGGAUGAUCAACACUGGCAUUCUGUUCUCAUUGAGCACUUUAACAAUCAAGUAAACUUUACAGUGGAUAAACACACUCAUCAUUUUCAUGCAAAAGGAGAAUUCAAUUAUUUGGACCUUGAUUAUGAGCUCAGCUUUGGAGGGAUCCCAGUGCCUGGAAAAUCAGGGACAUUGUCACACAGGAACUUUCAUGGGUGUUUUGAAAAUAUUUAUUAUAAUGGAGUGAACAUUAUUGACCUGGCCAGGAGGCAUAAAUCUCAGAUCUACUUUAUGGGCAACAUGUCCUUCUCAUGUUUAGAGCCACAGGUGGUUCCUGUUACAUUUCUGAGCUCCAGUAGUUACCUGGCACUGCCAGGCACAUCAGGGCAAGACGAAAUAUUCAUCAGUUUCCAGUUUCGCACAUGGAACAAGGAAGGACUUCUAUUAUCUAGUAAACUACACCAGGCUUCAGGUGGUUUCCUCUUACAUUUGAGUGAUGGGAAAGUUAGAAUCAGUCUUCAUAAACCAGGAAAAGCACUGAGUGACAUCACUGCAGGUGCUGGAUUAAAUAAUGGCCAGUGGCAUUCUGUAUCAUUCUCUGUCAAAAGGAAUCGUAUCAGUGUAAUAGUGGACAAUGAAGUGACCUCAUCUGCUCAUGCCUCCAUACCUCUGCAAAUUUAUUCAGGAGAUGCUUUCUACUUUGGAGGCUGCCCUAGCAGUGGAAACAUUUCUGAAUGUAAUACUUCAUUUGGUGGCUUUCAAGGAUGCAUGCGACUCAUUUCCAUUGGUAACAAAGCAGUGGAUAUGAUCUCAGUUCAGCAAAAUGUUUUUGGCAAUUUCAGUGACCUUCAGAUAGAUUUAUGUGGCAUUAUAGACAGGUGUUUGCCUAAUUACUGUGAACAUGGUGGUGAGUGCUCACAGUCAUGGAACAGCUUUUACUGCAACUGUGCCAAUACUGGUUACAAGGGAGCUACUUGCCACUUUCCCAUCUAUGAGCAAUCAUGUGAAGCCUAUAAGCACAGAGGGAACACUUCAGGCUUUUACAAUAUUGAUUCAGAUGGAAGUGGGCCCUUGAGACCGUUUCUUGUGUACUGUAAUAUGACAGAUACAACAUGGACAAUUGUACAGCAUAACAACACCAACCUAACCAGAGUCAAAAGUGCUAAUCGAGAGAACCCACACACUGUGUUUUUCAAGUACUCUGCCAGCCUGGACCAGCUUCAGGCAACAAUUAACCAUGCAGAGCACUGUGAACAGGAGCUUGCUUACCACUGCAAAAAGUCAAGGCUUUUAGAUAAGCCAGAUGGGUUGCCACUGAGCUGGUGGAUUGGAAGAACCAAUGAAACACAGACUUACUGGGGAGGUUCCUUGCCUGCUGUACAAAAAUGUGCUUGUGGAUUAGAGGGGAGCUGCAUUGAUUCCCAGCAUUACUGCAACUGUGAUGCGGACAGAGAUGAAUGGACUAAUGAUACUGGAUUCCUCUCCUACAAGGAGCACCUACCAGUAACUGAAAUUGUGAUCACAGAUACUGACAGACCAAAUUCUGAAGCUGCUUACAAACUGGGGCCUUUGCUUUGCCGUGGUGACAGAACAUUUUGGAAUUCAGCAUCCUUCAACACAGAGAUGUCCUACCUGCAUUUCCCCACCUUCCAUGGAGAGCUCAGUGCAGAUGUCUCUUUUUUCUUUAAAACUACUGCUUCCUCAGGAGUGUUUUUAGAAAACCUGGGAAUUCAAGACUUCAUAAGGAUAGAGUUAUACUCUCCAUCUGAAGUAAUUUUUUCAUUUGAUGUUGGAAAUGGACCUAGAGAAGUUACAGUGCAAUCACUUACUUCCUUAAAUGACAACCAGUGGCAUUACGUGAAGGCUGAACGAAACAUCAAAGAGGCAUCCUUACAAGUAGAUCAGCUUCCUCAAAGGUCUCAUGGUGCUCCACCUGAUGGGCAUAUUCGCCUGCAGCUCAACAGCCAGCUUUUUGUAGGUGGGACAGCAUCCAGGCAGAAAGGAUUUUUGGGAUGCAUUCGUUCGUUACAGUUGAAUGGAAUGGCCCUUGACCUGGAAGAGAGAGCAAAGAUAACGCCAGGAGUUGAACCAGGCUGUCCUGGACAUUGUAGCAGCUAUGGUAACCUGUGUCACAAUGGUGGAAAAUGUAGAGAGAAAUACAGUGGAUUCUCCUGUGACUGCACUUUCUCUGCCUAUGCUGGGCCAUUCUGUAAGAAAGAGAUCUCUGCCUAUUUUGGGACUGGCACUUCUGUGAUAUACAAUUUUCAAGAAUACUACACCUUAGCAAAAAAUUCCAGUUCUCAUGCUUCUUCUUUCUAUGCUGACAUGACACUGAACAGCGAAGCAAUUACAUUUGCCUUCCGAACAACACGGACACCAAGCUUACUGCUUUAUGUCAACUCCUUCUACAAGGAAUACCUCUCCGUCAUUCUUACCAGAAACGGAAGUUUACAGAUCAGGUACAAGCUAGAUAGCCAUCAAAAUCCUGAUGUCUUUGGCAUCAAUAUCAAAAACAUGGCUGAUGGACAACUGCAACAUGUGAAGAUUAACAGAGAGGAGGAAAUGCUCUUUGUAGAGGUUAACCAGAAUGAAAGAAUGAAGUUUAUUCUGUCUUCAGGCACAGAAUUCAAUGCAAUCAAGUCUCUCACACUUGGCAAGAUUUUGGAAAAUAGCGAUGUAGAUGAGGAGACUAUGAAGGCAAACUCUCAGGGGUUUACUGGAUGUCUCUCUUCAGUGCAGUUCAACCACAUUGCUCCUUUGAAGGCUGCAUUGCACCACAGCAGCUCAGCCCCUGUCAUUGUAAAGGGACGCUUCACUGAAUCCAACUGUGGUACUUUAACUGGAGCUGACUCAACAUCAAGUGAAACAACCCAUUCAUUUGCAGAUCACUCUGGACCAAUAGAUGAGGGAGAGCCCUUAGCUAAUGCAAUCAGAAGUGACUCUGCAAUUAUUGGAGGUGUGAUAGCAGUCGUGAUAUUCAUCCUACUUUGCAUCACUGCCAUAGCCAUACGCAUUUAUAAAAAAAAAGGCAUAUACUCAAAAAAUGAGUCAAAAGGAUCUGAAAAUGAAGACAGUGCUGAAUCUGCACUGAAAAGUGAGCUCAGCAUGCAAAACACAGCCAAUGAAAAUCAAAAGGAAUACUUCUUCUGAUUGGCAUUCAUGAUUUAAUUUAAUAUAAUAAUGUGACAGUCUGACUUUCUUGCUAAGCCAGGGGCUCUCAACGGACAGAAAAAGCUCUUGAACUCUACAGUAAAUGCAAUGGAUUUGAGACUUAUUAUACUGCAUAUGUUCAGUCUCAGUGAUUGCUGUAGGGGGCCUCUUUAAAUUACAUGCAUUCCUUAGCUAUUAUACCGUAAAUGCAUUUUAUGUAACAGUGAAUUAGAUAUUGUAACCAAUUUCAUUGUUGGUAGUUUCCGACUGUUCUGAUGUGACCUUCUACAACUGAAGUUUAAUGUACAUACUGAAUAUGAUUUUUGAACGGGAAAAAUUGUUAUGAAGUUAUUCCUAUCUUUUUCUUUAAAAUUUGAUUCUGGGAUUUUGUUCAAGGUGAAAGGUGGAUUCUAAUACUUUGUGUUGCUAAAGAAUGUGUUUCAUUAUAGUGAUCCCUCUUACUUCCUCAAACUGAAAAUGCCUUUUGAACUGCUGUUGGCUGGUGUCAGCAUCUGCUUGUGAGCCAUGGAUUUUGGUGUCCCAAACAAACUGUACUUCUUUCCCCUGGGAUGUGACCAGUGUCAUCACUAUCCCUUCUUUUUGGCAAGCGUAGCAGGCCUUAAAACUGCAGGGUGCACAAUGUGUUGAAAUGCUGUACAGUCUCUUUUGCAAUAGGUUUUCAGUUAUGGUCACGUGAUGGCACCAAGAGACUCAUGCACAUUCUAAGCAUUUUAAAUAAAAUUGGGAUCACAAAAGGCAAGACAUUUGCUUGGAAAGAUCAAGUAAUAUAUUAACAAUAGUUAAGUUGCCAUGAGUGAACACACCAAAAGAUGAUCAAGUUUAUUGUCCCUGGAGAUUAUUGAUGCUUAUUCUGUCAAGAAGUAAUGCUCUGUGCACUGUCUGGGACAUAUUCUCUGAAAACAUUGUAUCUAUGAUAUGCUCCAGACCUCAAGAUUGAGUUGUUCUAAAUUAUAGAAAUUAUUUAUGAUUAUUAUGACAAUGGAAGUAGGGCAUUUAGAGACUACUACAGUGGCUGCUACUUGAAUAUUUUUGUUCUUCACCCUUAAUAGUACCUACUGUAUCUUUGUGAGAUAAGGUCUGAUUAUACCACUCAAAAUUAAACAGGUGCUUACUAUCUUGACAGAGUAAAUAAGAGCUUUCUAUGAUGUUGUAUAAACAAAUUAUCAGAUAUGAAGGGUAGAUUUAAGUUGUCUAAACAGCAGAUUGUAAGGUCCCUUUCGAUACCACAGGGUAUCUGAAAUACCCAUGUGAUCUGGUGGAAAUGUCACACGUUCUAUGGAAGGUAGGUGUCUUUUGGAAAAGACAUCUGGUAAUCAGGUAGAAUACCUCAAGGCAUCAAAAAUGGCACUAGAUACCAAUAUUUAGGUAGUUGACCCAUACACAAAGGAUUUUUUGUUUUUCCCCAGACAGAAGACUGUGUGCCUAGAGCUUGGAUCUGAGAAAAGAAUCAGGAAUUCUGUGCCCUUGUAGACUUGAGUUUAAAAUUUUUACAUCUUUCAGAAUUGAUUUAUAACUGCUCCCAUUGAAAGCAAUUAUAACAGUCAUUGCUUUUCUCCUCUUUCAGUGAGGAAAAUAAAAGCUAGACCCUAGACUGUGAAGUUUAGAAAAUGUUUAUCAUAGAUGCCCAAGAACAUUAUAAAGACAUGGAAACCUGACAUGGUGUGCCAAAACCUUUAAUGUGUAAAUUUCUUUACAUAAAUGGAAGUUGUAAAUAUAAAUGUCCAGCAGAUACUGUCUUUUAAAGCUUAUUUUCUUCCAUCAAUCUUUACUUUCUAUUUUCAGAAUUCUAUACUUCCUUUUCUGCUUCCUCCUGUAUGCCUUUACUUCAUUUUUAGAAACAAAUUAUUUCCUUUUUUUGGUACCUGGAGGCUCUGCAAUCAGAAAUUUUUCAGACUAAGGUGCACUGCUUUCUUGUUCUCAUUUUUGCAAAUCUGUGUGCAUCUCUGGUAGAUUAAUCAGGCUGAGGACCCAGGAUCAAGAACUGGGUGUCCAUGUUUGUAAGUGUAUUCACUGAUACAGUUUGGGCCAUGACAAUAGGUCACCUUUAGAAAGUACAGAACAUGGUGAGGGAAAGAUACUGGUCUGUUCCCAAUAAGUGAUAUGGAUAAGAAUACCCUGUUUUGUGGAUAGGGAGUGGAGGAGAUGAAAGCCUCACAUGGGUCAUGAGAAGAACUUGAACUGUUAAGUUUGCUAUGUUGGGCCCUCCCAGCCUGGCUAGUUACUUUAAAGUUAAAAUCAUGACUCCUUCUUUUCAAGGGUCUGACCUAAAUUGCAUUUUGAAUUCAAGAGGAGUCCACCCAUGGACUUCUCUGUAACUCAAACCCUCUGGAUCUCAAGAGGCUUUCCCUUCCCGUGAUAGAUAUGCCAGUGUCCAUCUUUUUGUGUCACUUAUAUCAACAAAUCUAUCAGUAGUGAUGAGUCCCAGUCAGCUAUGUUUUUAUCCAUGUGGGAUGUAGUAACCAUGGAGGACAAAACUCGUAUGAUCAUAUUAAUUAUAAUACAUUAGAUCAGCAAAAUGGAAAUCUUGAUUGAAUGAUAAAGGACAGCCUAUUCAUAUGAGAGUUAGCCAUAUGCUAACCUAAUAAAACCUAAAGGGUACCCACACCAGGACAAGUUGGAACUAUGCAAACCUAACUUUUCAAUCACUUGCUUUUACUUCUACUUCCUUGUAUAUUUUUCUUGUCUGUCUUGAUAGAGAGAAAGGUCUCUUCCCUUACUUCAUUUUCUUCUGGAUGAAUAAUUAUUUUCUUUCCCUAUUUCAUAGAAUUUUUAAAAGCAAGAGGAAGGGAAAAGCUGAUUAAAACCCCUAUUUCACAGACUAAAUGAAAAGGAGGAGGGAGGGUAAAAAUGCCUGUGUGAAUGGCACAUUAUUUCAUUCAAAGACCUUUUUAAGGCAUUUUGUUAUGUUAAGGAUUCUAAGGGGAAAAACAGAAAUUUAUUUUGUGGAAUGCACAUCUAUCUGCAGAUUUGUAGCAUACAAUAAUUAUGUCUCUCUGAAAAUGCAAAUGCCCAUUUUCAUCUGUAGGAAGAGUGAUCGUAUAUUUGUCACCUAAAUGCAAAAUAUACUGGUUCAUAGUCAAUGAAGCAGCAUUUUCCAUUACUUGCUGCAUUUCUAUGGGUACAAAAAAAUGAUGGCACCAAAGUGCUCUGAGACAUCAUAGAACAUUGUGCUGUCCCUUUUUUGAAUCGCUAUUCCAAUGUGUGACCUUUCUCCUCUCUGUUAAUAAACACUUUUUAAAAUAAA